GAACAUAAUCAGCAUUUCUAACAAUUUGUAUGUUUAAUAUUUGUCAGUAAUUUGACCCUUCUGUUGAAAUGUCAUAUGCUGGUGACUCCACUGAUACUGCACACUAACAGUACCUCUCUGUCUCUCUGCAAUAUAGAUCCUAAUUCUUUCAUCUUCUCUGUUUCUCCAGAGCUGCCCCAGACUACACUCACCCUGGAGCCUCCAUUCCCAGAGAUAUUCACCGGGGAGACAGUCACUCUGAGGUGUGGGGUUGAGGGGGGUUCUGCUGGCUGGAAAUAUCUCUGGUACAAAGACAGUGAGGACACUCCACUGCUCCAGACUGCUGGCCACAGUAUAACUGGUGACAGCUACACAAUCACUGCAGCUGCUGUAUCUGACCAGGGCCAGUACUGCUGUCGAAGACAAAGAAAAAGUCGACCAAGUUCCUCUCAGCUCAGUGAUAAAGUGACAUUAACUGUGUCUGAGGGCUGUCCCAAGGCUGUCCUGACCCUGCAGCCUGCCUGGGCACAGAUAUUCACAGGAGAGACAGUCACCCUGAGCUGUGAGGUGGAGGGGGGCUCUGCUGACUGGAGGUUUAAACAGUACAGAGAUGGACGUGAAGAGGCAGGGUGCAGUGAUCAAUACAGCAGUAGAUUUGGGGACAGCUGCACAAUCAGUACCGCUCAGUAUUACCAGAGUGGAGUGUACUGGUGUGAGUCUGCAUCAGGACAGGAGCGCAGUAAUGCUGUCAACCUAACUGUGUCCAAUCAAUGGGUGAUCCUGCAGACUCCCCCUCAGCCUGUGAUUGAGGGAGACACUGUGACUCUGAAGUGUCGUGUCCGCUAUAAUUCUCAUAUUACCAGGGUUGUCUUUUAUAAAGAUAAUGAAGAGCUACAGUCCCGGACUGACACAGAGCUGAGUGUGGAUCGUGUUUCAAAGAGUGACGAGGGGUCUUACAAGUGCAGAGCGUGGAGGAACGCCUCUUACCUUGGUGAAUCUGCAGAGGUGCGGGUGUCAGUGAGAGAGCUUCCCCAGACUACACUCACCCUGGAGCCUCCAUUCCCAGAGAUAUUCACCGGGGAGACAGUCACUCUGAGGUGUGGGGUUGAGGGGGGUUCUGCUGGCUGGAAAUAUCUCUGGUACAAAGACAGUGAGGACACUCCAGUGCUCCAGACUGCUGGACGCAGUAUAACUGGUGACAGCUACACAAUCACUGCAGCUGCUCUAUCUGACCAGGGCCAGUACUGCUGUCGAGGGCAAAGAGGAGAUCAACCAUGUUCCUCUCAGUGCAGCGAUCCUGUUACACUGACUGUGUCUGCUCUGUUCUCCAGGGUGACUCUGACAGCAUCUCCAGGAGCCACAGUGAAGGAGGGAGAGGCUCUUAACCUGACCUGUGAGGCAGCAGUGAACAAAACCCCCCGCCCUGAACUCCACUACACCAUUGUGAGAGACGGGGAGCCUGUGACUAACAGCACUGACUCUGCACUGUACAGCAUAGCCAGCACUGAGAAGAGCCACACUGGGAGCUACACGUGUGCUGUGGAGUCACAGGGAGUGAAGAAGAGCAGCCAGGAGCUACACAUUGAACUGCAAACGUCCUGGCACAGCGCUGUUGCUAUUGGCUACAGAGUGAGCUUCACUCUGAUUCAUUUCAUUGUGUUCACUCUGCUGCUCCUUCAAUACUGCAGGAUCCAAGGUUCCCCGUGUCUCGCUGGUGGUAAGUCAAGGAAAACCUCGGAUCAGGAGCAGUCAGCAGAGGGGAUUGAGCUCUCCAGCCGUGUGCAGCACACUGGAGUGGAACUGGAAUAGUGCUGCAUUACCAGAAACUGGAGUGGAACUGGAAUAGUGCUGCAUUACCAGAAACUGGAGUGGAACUGGAAUAGUGCUGCAUUACCAGAGACUGGAGUGGAACUGGAAUAGUGCUGCAUUACCAUAGACUGGAGUGGAACUGGAAUAGUGCUGCAUUACCAGAGACUGGAGUGGAACUGGAAUAGUGCUGCAUUACCAGAGACUGGAGUGGAACUGGAAUAGUGCUGCAUUACCAGAGACUGGAGUGGAACUGGAAUAGUGCUGCAUUACCAGAGACUGGAGUGGAACUGGAAUAGUGCUGCAUUACCAGAGACUGGAGUGGAACUGGAAUAGUGCUGCAUUACCAGAAACUGGAGUGGAACUGGAAUAGUGCUGCAUUACCAUAGACUGGAGUGGAACUGGAAUAGUGCUGCAUUACCAGAGACUGGAGUGGAACUGGAAUAGUGCUGCAUUACCAGAAACUGGAGUGGAACUGGAAUAGUGCUGCA